CUCGCCGAGCGUUGGUCGUAUGUGCGUAUUAUGAAUUCGGUCAUUGUUUGCAACCAUUGUAUUUAGAAAAAUGAUACGAAAAAUUACUGUGUACAACCAAAGUUUCAAUACAUUCGCUAAAUUAUAGCCAAUCAAAAGUGUCACGGAUUAAAAAUCUUGUUUUACGUGCGGUAUCAAGCCGUUAGAUAGUAAAAUAAUGAAUUUCACACGCUGCCGCAGUCUUCUGUUUGAAUAGUCGUGAACCUUGUGGAAUCGAUUUUUAGAUGUUAUUAAUGAAAUUACUUAGGUGCUUGUGGGUGAUAUUGUUUUAAAAACGAACCUGUUCCAGUGGACUACCGUUACGUUGACUUUUCGACCGUAGUUGAUCGUGGCGGGCUCAAAAUCGAUAAAGAUAAUAAAAAAUGCAUAUUUUCCCCAUGGUUUCAUAAAGGUUCGGUUCAAUACAGUGCCGGCACGAAUAUCGCGGGCGAAUGCUGUCCAUUCAAAUAAUCCAUCUGUUACUGAUAACUGCAGUGCGUUAUUGUUUCUGAUGUCGAAGUGAUGUGAUAUAGAAUCUUAGAUUAUUUUACAAAGGAAAUCCGACGAGGAAAGAUACAAGAUCGGAACGCGAAUGAAUUCAAAAAAUAUAAAUUCAAGAACUUCAAGAAAGCUAUAUAAUUUAAUAUCAAUAUUAUGUGAUAAAGAGUGUCGACGUGUGUAGUGUCGACCAUUUUGUGUUAUGGCAGCCAUUUUGAAUAUGUUUCGGUUUAGAGUCGGCGGUAUGGUGUUACGUGUGGUGCUUCUGUUGUCGAUAGCCGUGUACUCCUCUUACGGUGGAGGUUGCACGUUUCCCGCCGAGUGGACGGGUAGCUGGUUCCAGUCCGGUAGUCAGGGAUUAAUAGCCAUCAACUCGACACACAUACAGUUGAAGGGGGAGUGUUCAGAAACGGAAUCGUACGACAAGUUCCUAUUGUACGACAGGAGCUUCGACUGCUACAGGUGUAUGGUCAUACAUGAGAAACACAAGUAUGUGCUGCAAUAUAAAGAAACGUUCUGCAGUCAGAAAGAUUCGCUUUCGUCGAUUUGCGACGAGAUCAGCGGCGACGCGCCGCUGUACUCCAUGUUCAGGAAGGAGCCGAGACCUGAACCCCAGCCUUGUCCCUUCCAUCCUGCGCCCUUCACGUUCACGUACAGCAGGGGUUCGGGAGAUUGUGCGUAUCCACCAUCUCGUGCGGAAUCCUGCACGGAUGACUCGAGACUGCUGCUGAGAUACAUGGCCUGUCCAGAUGUACCCGGCACGGAGAGCAAUGUGGAAGAGUUGGUGUGCCUGGCGACUUGGAAGGAAGGUUCAACGAGGUACCUCGUCGGUCAGAUCUCGCAAGUGCAGAGGAGGAACACCAUUGCUUCGGAUGAAGACACUUAUAGAUGUUUCAUCUACAAGGGUCAGCACGGCGAGAAGAGUACGUCGUAUAUAAUAGCUCAGUCCGGCGACGCGACCUGCAACGGCCUGUCGUCGCCCACGGACGGCAGUCGGACUAUGAAACUAACUACGAGUGAUGACGAACACAACCGCUGCCAUUUCCCCAGCUGGAUCGUGGACCAUCAUAAAUGGUUCAGCCUCGACCAUACCCAUCAGUACCACUUCACCACCAAGAAUGCGACCCUCAAGAUCAUGAACACGGAUGGUUCUUUCGAAGAGAAGCGACUCGUGUGUCACUCUAUACUGGAACAGAAGGAUAAGAAGCACAUUAAGCUGGUGGCGCACGUCACUAAAGGAUGCAUGUCAGGUCACGUCUGCCUCAAGUUCUUCCGGCGCGAAGGGAACAUCCUGGAGCUGCAGCAGGGCUCCGAGCUGUGGGAGCAGCCGCAGGACGCGUGUGCGGAGUCCGGGAACCCGCCCUUCGUGACGCUCAUCACGACCUCCCUGUCCCCGCAGCCCUGCCCGCUCGCCGGCCGGUACUCCGUGCGGGUCGCGCGCACGCGGAGGCGCCGAGACGUGUUUGGGUCCGCAGACGAGUCCCAGUCGGCGGUGGCGCCCUGCGCGGGGGCGGAGCCCGACAGCGCGCGCGUGGGCUGCGGCCGCGACCGCGACACCAUCGAGCUGCGCUCCGCCUGCGCCUCCACCGCGUACACGUGCUACGGCAGCUGGCGCGAGGGCUCGCGCGGGUUCGUGGUGGCCGCCCCGCGGGCGCGCCCGCCCGCCACGCUGUGCCUCGUCUACACGCUGCGGAACGAGACGGGCGGCGCGGUGUCGCUGUGGCUGAGCGCGCGGCGCGCGUGCGAGCGCGGGGCGCCGCGCCGGGACGCGUACGACCUCAGCGGGAACGGCACGUGCGAGCAGAGCAGCAAAUACAACAGCGCCGGAGUGCGAGCGGGACAGUCCGCCCGUUGGCUCGCAGCGCUCGGCGCGCUGUACGUCGCCGCCAGGUGAUAUGAACGCUGGACGGCCGACCGCUAGAUUCGCUGCACUGUUUCAAGUUCAUCGGGGUAUUAAGACUGCUUUACAAUUGAUACCGAUCGAUAAAUUAAUACACGUUACGGUUUUCCUUUAAGAAAUAUUCAAAAACGACAAUCGUCUUAGAUAUUCUUAGUGAUUUUGUAUUUUCUUUAAUAUUUCGUAUCGUAUUUUAGUAAAUCUGCGAUUUUGUAACUAAAGGUUUGAUAGUUGAAAAUAAUGGAAUCUACCUGAUGUGUUGAAUCGAUUCGAACCGCCUCCCAAGUAUCGUACAGCCAAUUAUAUA